AUGCCAUUUUCUCCAGACCGUGUUCAAUCGUGGGCGAAAGCUCACGCGUCCUCUCGCGACCUGCCAGCUCAUACCCCUUCCCGGCAGGUCGCCAACCCCGAACCUAUUGAAAAAUACACCCAAGAUGGACAAGUGAAUGCGCCCGCCGAAGACCCUGCUCCAGGGUCUGUCACGGAAACCGAUUCUAAGCCGGAACUUCUGAGCCGUAUGCGCAAUGGUAGCGGGCGCUUCUACCAACAUACGAAGAAUGCGAUCUGCCACAGCUGGAUCAAUGUGCUGCUCAUCUUUGUUCCAGCCGGUAUUGCGGUCGAGGCUGCUGGCCUCGACCCAGCCAUCAUCUUCGCGCUGAACGCGGUGGCCGUCAUCCCGCUGGCCGGACUACUCAGUCAUGCUACGGAGAGUGUCGCAAGCCGUCUUGGUGAUACCAUCGGAGCCCUGAUCAACGUCACCUUCGGAAACGCAGUAGAGUUGAUUAUCUUCAUCAUUGCACUUGUCAAGAACGAGAUUCGCAUUGUCCAAGCCUCUCUUCUUGGCUCCAUUCUUGCCAAUUUGCUGCUGAUUAUGGGCAUGGCGUUCCUGUCUGGUGGUCUUCGCUUCCAGGAACAGAUCUACAACAGCACCGUUACCCAAAUGAGUGCUUGUCUGCUCAGUUUGAGUGUAAUGAGUCUCCUCAUUCCCACUGCUUUCCACGCCUCAUGGUCGGAUAGCGCUAACGCCGAUCGCGAGACGCUCAAAGUCAGCCGUGGUACCAGUGUAGUCCUGCUCUUGGUGUAUAUUCUAUACAUCGUUUUCCAGCUAAGAACCCACUCCUAUCUCUACGCGAGUAUUCCCCAAGCUAUCAUCGACGAGGAGUCCCACCCCGGCGUUCUGGCAGAGUUCAUGAACAGCUCUUCGGAUUCCUCCUCUAGCUCCAGUGAGGAGUCAGAUGACACGACUACAUCCUGGACGACUGCCAAGCGGAUCAAGAGAGCAAUGAAAUAUCGCAGACAUCGCAAAUCAAGUACAAGCUCCAAGGGAACGACAUCUCGAAGCUCGUUCCAGAAAAAGGCCGUGGCAUCCGCCUCCAACGAAAACCAGAGCUCUAUCCCCAAUUCCAUUGACAGCAAUGAACAUGCGAUUGAACUCGACGAGAUUCGUUACGACGCUGAUGACGAUGCAGUUCGAUCUCGCGAUUUCGGCUCAGCUCUGGGUCGCGUGGAUUCCAAAGCCAGCAAAAAGUCCAGGAGACGGGAUCGAAAGAAGCGCAAGGCUGAAAAAGAAGACAGGAAGGCUGAAAAGGACGAGAGGAAGGCUCGGAUUGGGGCACCCCAAGAGGCUGGUCCAUCAACCAGUCAACGUCCAUCCAUCGCAGGUUUCCCGACAGCCCCUAACUUGUCGGCUGUUGCAGGCACUGGAGAUGAUCCGCAGAAACGCCGAUUGCCCUUUGAACCUAUUGCAUCCCUGCUCUCCAACACCGUCUUUAGCUCCCAGUCACCCGCGAAUUCACCCCGUAUGGGAACAACUGCCUCGCGUCCAAAUAUCGCUCGCAGCAACUCACUACCCGCACCUACUAGUCGUCCGCCGGUCGGAAACGCAGUGCAGUUCGCCCGUGGUGCUUCGCGCAUCGCUGUGCCAAAUGUUGUUGCGCCCCCGGAGACAGAUGCUCAGACCCCGGAACCUGUAAUGUCUCGCACUGCUGCGGUUGUUAUGCUGCUUCUCUCCACUGCCCUGGUUGCGGUUUGUGCCGAGUUCCUGGUUGACGCCAUUCCGGAAAUGAUCGCAAGUUCGAAUGUCAGCGAGGCCUUCAUUGGUCUCAUUAUUCUGCCAAUCGUUGGUAAUGCGGCUGAGCACGUCACUGCCGUUACUGUCGCCACUAAGAACAAGAUGGAUCUGUCCAUUGGUGUUUCUGUGGGUAGUAGUAUUCAGAUUGCUAUCUUUGUCACACCAUUGGUCGUUAUCCUGGGCUGGUGCAUGGACAAGGACAUGUCCUUGUAUUUCACGCUCUUUGAGACCAUUUGUCUCUUCGUGACCACAUUCGUCGUCAACUUCCUUGUCCUGGACGGCAGGAGUAACUACCUCGAGGGUGUCCUCCUUGUGGCAGCCUACGUUAUCAUUGCACUAUCCGCGUUCUUCUACCCCGGCGAUGGCCAGUCCAGUGCGAUUGCCGGCUCAGGGGCGUAG